GGUGUUAUGGAUGUGUAUGCUCUAGUUAAAAACAAAAAACAGUGGUACGUGGCGGUGUUUUUACGGUAUUCUCAUUACAUUUUGACUUGACCCGACCGACCCACUCUUUCAUCACCAUCGCGGAAAAAAUCGAUUUUCCAGAUAGAGAAGGAACAGAAGCUACUUCCCAAAACCCUAAACCCCCAAAUUGAGCUGAAACUCGAAUUCCCAAUCUUCAAUGGCAACUUUCACAUUGAAAACCGCAACUAACUUGCUUCACAGACACCAUAACAACCUCACCUUCUUCUCCAAUAACACCACUACAAGGACAAAUCUUCCCUUUUCGCAGAAGAGGAGAUCGCGUUUGGUUCCCACAGUUUCAAUGUCAGCUACAACAACAGUUCAGACUUUUCUUGAAAAGUCUUCUCCUUCCACUAAAAGCACUGCAAUUCCAAUAAUGGUUAAUGCAUGUACUGGAAAAAUGGGAAAGGCUGUUAUUAAUGCAGCAGAAGCAGCUGGACUGAAUGUUGUUCCAGUGUCAUUUGGGUGUGAAGAGGAGUCCGGAAAGACUUUUGAGGUCUGUGGAAGGGAAUUCCUCGUGCAUGGUCCUUCUGAUAGGGAGAGUUUUCUCGAAUCUGUUCGUGAUAAAUAUCCAAAUUUAAUUAUUGUGGACUACACAAUACCAGAUGCAGUCAAUGGCAAUGCAGAGUUAUACAGUAAGGUCGGGGUACCCUUUGUGAUUGGGACCACUGGUGGGGAUAGGGACUUGUUAUAUAAGACUGUUGAAGACUCGAAGAAUUAUGCGGUGAUAUCCCCACAAAUGGGAAAACAGGUUGUUGCGUUUCUUGCAGCUAUGGAAAUUAUGGCAGAGCAAUUUCCUGGAGCCUUUUCUGGGUAUUCCUUACAGGUAUUAGAGUCUCAUCAAGCAAGCAAAGUUGAUGCAUCUGGAACUGCCAAGGCUGUGAUAUCAUGCUUCCAGAAACUGGGUGUGUCUUACGAUAUGGAUGAGAUACAAUUGAUCAGGGACCCCAAGCACCAAGUUGAACUGGUGGGAGUCCCAGAGGAGCAUUUGUUGGGUCAUGCGUUUCAUAUGUAUCAUUUGACAUCACCAGAUGAAACAGUUUCGUUUGAAUUCCAACAUAAUGUCUGUGGUAGAUCAAUAUAUGCCGAGGGCACUGUUGACGCUGUACUAUUUCUUGCUAAGAAGAUUGAAGCAAAGGAUCCCAAGAGAAUAUACAAUAUGAUUGAUGUCUUGCGAGAGGGUAAUAUGCGAUAAAAAAUUCUAUAGAAUAAGGUGCAAGAUGCCAUUUGUUGAAGUUGCUUAAUGAGAUUUUCCAUUCUAAUAAAAGCAAUUUUCAUCUUGUGUCCAAUUUUGUUGUCUGUUUAUUUUGAGGAUAGUUUAGUGAGAGCACCAUCCCAUGUGAUAUUGUAUCAAUUUCAGUUUCUCAUUACUUUUAUUAAUUAGGUAACUUUGCAAGCAAGUUUGGUUUAUCUAUCUUUGCUAGUCUAAAAACUUGUUCUUGUAUUCACUUGAAAGGGAAAAUUAAAUCACUCAAGUCAACUUAACCAA